CCAUUGUGUUUCGUCAGAGCGUACCGGUGUCACUAUCGUGCCUAUCGUACCGCGAGCACUCGACGAUGCUCACACAUACACACGCACAUAUUCUGACGCGCGUUGUUCCCUUGAUUCCAUCUCUGUGAGCACACUGGUUGCUUCUUUGGGGACGGGGGGCACCAAAGUCGAGGGCAAUCCCUGCUUCGGCCGAACCCAGUCAGCGACAGAACACUUACUUACCUACUUUAUGAUAAUCCCUUUCUCUCACACAUGAUUCCUCCAUACACCACGCACAUUGCCUACUUACAUAUACGUGUGCCCGACGCUCCCAGUGUAGCUUCCGCUCUUGUCCCAACAGCCUGGUCUCACCCUGUUUGCCCAAACCUAAAUGUCUACCCAAUGACCCAACCAUUUUCUGACUCGCACCCAAUAUGUUUUUUCUCUGCUUGUCGUUUUGAGGCCCUUCCAAUCCAGCCUCUCUGCUUCUCUCCUCCACAUCAAUCUGUUUCUAUCUUCGCCUUGUCUGUUCGUUGUGCGCAUUCGUUCGCAUCGUUUACGCUGCGGUUGCCAGCAUUGUCAUCAUGGCUGUCGCCAGCAUGCCGAUCUUGUUCGCGUCGCUAACCACUGACAUCCAGCUGUGUUUGGCGCAUUACUGCGAUCUACAUGGUCCGACUCCGUUAAUGGUCACCGAAGGCCUGCCGGUCCCCUGCGGGCGAUGCUAUGACGACAGUCUGGUCGACAUCGGCCGACCACGAUCAUGCGCCACCUCCACACCAUCAGCGGCCGCGUCGGCAGCUAUGACCGAUUCCAUGAACAAACUAAACCUGAAUGCGACACGGAGUGCUUCUGCUACCACGUCUGACCAGGAUGCGCAAACACACCGAACCGCGAUGUUAAGAGCUUCAAAUCUGGCAACCAGUGCGAGCCGACCCAAUGCAUCGGCAGUACAAACGCCACCCCAAAGCCCGCGAAGACAUGCCGACGAGUUUCCUGAGACGAAGGCGACGAAUGCCGGCGCCCCGCGGCGCGACGCCAGUUUUCGACGCACCUACGACGAAUAUGUAACGAAGCGCGCAAGUCCUUGCGCCAACUGUGCCUUGACGCUCCCCAAGCGCCAAGAUGUUACGAAUGCGGCAGACUCGAAGUCUGACAGGGCGACUGAUUCUAAAUCAGACAUCCAAGGUCCUACUAUGAGGACUCGUGCCCCGUAUGCCCGCGUGUACGGUAGCCUGGCCGAUGCAAGCCCGCCAUGUUCUAAUCCGCAGUCGUCCUACACAUCCGACGCCGAAGAAGAGACCUCACCUCCGAACUCGAUCGGCCGUCCAAGCCCUCCACAUCGACCCACCACAUCGACCUCACAGACGAGUGCGACAUCGAAGUCCGGCAUGCCUCAUCACACGCAUUACCUCGACUACACAUCAACUCACGAACCCACCGUGCCCACUACCUACACGAUCGUGCGUGCCUCCUGUUUACGCACUUUGUCGUUCGAGACUCUCCCACGGCGUCCCGAAGCCUCCCAGUCUUCACCUACGCUCCUCGGAGCUGCACCCUCUGUCCCGCCCUCGUUAAACUCCGCCAUGACCGUUGGUCCCGGCUAUAUCACCGCACCACCCACUCCACAAUCUGCUGCCAGCGGAGGUCCCAUAUUCUUCGGCGAUCCUUCCGCAGGCUAUACCACCGCCUACAUAUUCCGAAUCCCUGACAUGCAUGCGCGUGGCCGCAAACGAGUCUACGCCUUCCUGGCGCUUAGUACGCACCGGGAACGCUUGGCCAUGAAAGCAUUCAGCUUCAUUUCUGCCGCAUUUCGCGACCUUGCUGCUUGGAUCCAGGAACUUGCUGAGGCGGAGGCCGAAAGAGAACGAGAGCGCGAGGAAGAAGGAAGCGCUGUGGCUGCGUUGAACGCUGCUUAUCGAAACGGCCGCAUUCGAGGUCGGGGGCCUCAUGAGACCAGUAUCGGGCUCGGGGGCGGCCUCGGCGGAGGCACCACCGACAACCCGAAGGACAGAGACCGUGAUACCAGCAGCUUCCUGACCGGAGGCAGUCGAGGCGGUUAUAUGCAACGAAUGGGCGGGUCUAUGGGACCAAGUGGAUUCACACCAAAGGCCCGUGGACUUGCCGAAGUUGUGGGCUUACCCGACUUCUUUAUCGAACUUCAUACACGCUUUGUGAAGCUUCUCCUCGAGCUUGGCAUUGUCCUAGGCUCGUGAUCGCAAGCUUGAUGCUACCUACAUUAUACUGCACAUCACUCGUCAUGUUAGCAUUCACUGCUUGAACCAGUGCUAUACCUUGCAACCGCUGAAAUAUGGCGGGAUGAAGGCGGAGGAUAUACCCAAAAUUUUCAUAUUGGUACUAACGACACCCAGGCAGCAGCCCGCGGACAACAUAACGGUUGCCUCGCCGCGCUACCUCGUUUGCGUACCUUAUUUCCUCAUCGAGACAGACCUCUAGUCACAUGAUAUACUACCUAGUUGAGACAUACGGUGUCGAAGCUUCUUUGCCAUCGAAAGUAGCUUCUACAUCCCUCCUUGCAUUCAGCUCGG